GGUCCGAGUAGCCGCGGGCGCGCCGCGCACUGCAGCCCCAGCCCCCGGGCGUCCACCCCUUUGCGCGCGGCUGCCUCGCCUCGGCCAGGCCCCAAGGCCAGGACAAAGAGGCUGUCCCGGAGGCUCGGCUGGAGCCGAAUUUACCUGCCGUUGCCGGGAACCACAGGCUCCAAAAUGGUUUGCGGAGGCUUCGCGUGUUCCAAGAACUGCCUGUGCGCGCUCAACCUUCUGUACACCUUGGUUAGUCUGCUGUUGAUUGGCAUUGCUGCCUGGGGCAUUGGCUUCGGGCUGAUUUCCAGUCUCCGUGUGGUGGGUGUGGUCAUCGCAGUGGGCAUCUUCUUGUUCCUGAUCGCCUUAGUGGGACUGAUCGGAGCCGUAAAACACCAUCAGGUGUUGUUAUUUUUUUACAUGAUCAUUCUCCUACUUGUGUUUCUUGUUCAAUUUUCUGUAUCUUGUGCUUGUUUAGCCCUGAACGAGGAGCAACAGGGUCAGCUUCUGGAAGUUGGUUGGAACAAUACAGCAAGUGCUCGAGAUGACAUUCAGAGAAACUUAAAUUGCUGCGGGUUUCGAAGUGUUAACACAAAUGACACCUGUCCAGCUAGUUGUGUUAAAAGCAGCCACCCGUGCUCACCAUGUGCUCCAAUAAUAGGAAGAUAUGCUGGAGAGGUUUUGAGAUUUGUUGGUGGCAUUGGCCUCUUCUUCAGUUUUACAGAGAUCCUGGGUGUUUGGCUGACCUACCGAUACAGGAACCAGAAAGAUCCUCGCGCUAAUCCUAGUGCAUUCCUUUGAUGAGGAAACAAGGAAUAUCUUUCAUAUUCUCAUCUUGUUCACUUUCUCUGACUUUAAGUUAAGCUAAUUUGUCUGUUUAAGAAAACAGUAUCUGAAAAAUUACUUUACUGACUGUGGAAGUAUAUAUUUUUACUCUUAUGUUUCUCUAAUUGUUUUUCUUUUUCCAUUGCUGAAACAAAUUUGGAAAUUGUGGUCUCCUCUAACCUCAGUGGUACCUGUAAUCUACUGUAUUCACAGUGUCUGGCACUGUCCACUGUGGCCUUUCUUAGCGUUUUUAUCUGCAGAAAAACUUUGUAUUGCACUCUUGUGUUGAUCAUAUUGUGAAUCUAAAUUACAUCUCACUGGAAUAAUUAAUUGUAGCAUUCUGCUGUGUAGAUAGUUCCUACUGGAAAAAAAAAGCUGAAGUUUAUUAAAGCCAGAAAAUAUGAGAUUCUAUUAUGUUAAGUUCAGUAAGGGAAAUACAGAUUCCCAUUUUUUUUAUCUUUAUAGGAAAGAUGUAUUGUGGUGAAAAUUGUUACUAUAAAAGUGAUAAUUUAGUUAUAGUAGUCUUUUAUGAUUACAGUUAUAUUAAUGUAUUCUAGAAGUAGCUCUGUCAUGAAAGUGUGGCUUCAGUUUUUGACUUUUACAGGUAAGUGCAAAGGUGAGAUGGUGUAUACCAUUUGCCUUCAGCUUUCAAAAUGGAAUGAAUUUGACAAAUUCAGAAAGUAUAUCUCUAUAUCUUGUUAUUCUUUUAUAGUAAUUUGAAGUCCAAAAGACUGCAUUUUUAAACAAGCUACUAUUAAUGCAUUGGCCCACGUAGCAAAAAUAUUUGAUUACCUUACAAAUUGUUAAAUGCCUUUUUCAUGAUAUUUCUGAGUAUUGUGAUAUCAACUUGUCAAAUCCAAGCAUAUUUGGACAUGAUUUCCCAUAGUUUGAAAUUGAAAUAGUAUUGUGGCUCUGUAUAUUAUGUUCAAAAAUUAAAGAAUGGGACAUUUGUUUGUGUAUUAUUGUUUGAAUUAAAGAAAGUAAUUGAAAAAUUGAUAAAAUAAGUGAAAUGAAAUUCUUUUUGCCUUAGAUACUCAUUAGUUGACUUAAAGCUAGGUAGUACUAUUUCCGUGUAAAAUCAAGUCCUGGAAAUGAACUUCUACCACUGAUAUCUAUUGGUAGUUAUCCAAAAUCCUUUCUUAAAAUGUUUCAGUGUUUAUUCCUCAUGGUGAGAAAAGUUUAUAAAAGUGAAGUCACUCAUUCUUUUCAGUUACUAAAAAUUACUGAUUUCUUGUCUUGCAUUUUAUAUGGUAUAUUGCAUUUUAUUGGUAAUUGUCUGGUGGACUUUAACUAAGAAAGAUUGGUGAAUGGUUGGUCUAUAAAAUUUGAGCAUUUUAUGAAUAUAUUCCUUCCAUGACUGGAAGCCUGGCUGGAAUACUGAAUUCCCAUAACAGCAUUCCCUUGAUGAUGUAGGGGAAGAAAAAAUAGUAAUGAUUUCCCUCCGCUUUUCUGAGUUAUUAACUGAAAUCACCUGUAAUAAAAAUAGGAUUAACAAGAGAAAAAUACUGAAGUGUAUUAGCAUGUAUACUGAAGGCUGGGCCUCUUGAGGUCUUUCCAAGAUGUGUCACUUUGGCGUAAGGAUUAUUUUGGGCUGAGUUUAGUCAAGGUUCUGUAGGUUUGGGAAAACUUUUGCUGCUCUAUUAACUUCCAGAAAGAAUGAAAAUUGCUAACAUUACUCAACUUAUCUACAGAAAUAACUUUCCUAUUGUAGAGCCUAUUUAUAUGGCAGAGCAAGUGGUCCUGUCAUCACAUGGACUUCCUUCUUCUCUUUGAAACUCAGGCCUCUACCCCAGCCUUCGGGCCAGGAUAAAUACCCUCUUUAAAAAAAAAAAAAAAAAAAAAAGAUUUGUUUUUAUUUAUACAUACAGGAACUGGGGUGUAGGCCAGAAGUAUGGGGGGUAAGAGGAUUCACCAGAGACAGAGUAGGGAGCGUAACAAGCAGAUUUAUUGGAAUAAACUGCUGAGGGGAACUACAGGCCAAACAGGAGAGGUCUGUUGCGCCAUGUGGGUUAACUCCCUGGCCAGGGAUCAAACUUAUGCUGAAGUGGCUGCCAAUAGCAUGAUAGCACUGACUUUAACCCCUGUGGCCCUGGGGGGCCCAGAUAAAUACCCUCUUUUUGCUCCAUUUAUGUUAGCGUUUCCAUUCAUGUAGAUUCUCCAUAUAUAUAAAUUAAUUUUCUUUUCUCCUGAUAAUUUGAUGCUGAUUUGAUUGCUUGUUCAUCAUGAGAAGAACCCAAAGGUAUAGGGGGACAUUUCCUACACCUUCAAUCUCACAUUGAGCUCUGGGCAACUGUAACGUUCCCACUUGGACCCUAAGCUAAGAUUGUUAGUGACAUGUUCAGGCAUUGCUAAACUCAGUCUUCCUUUAGGAUUUUUUUUGAUUUGUUAUUUGCUUUGUUUUAUUUUGAAUUUUGCAUGAGGUUCUGGAAUCUCCUAAUAGAGUAUUUCCCCCCCCCCCCUUGAUACAAUGUUUUUUAUGUGGCAAAGACUAUUCCAGAGAGAAUCAACUCAUAACAUGGGUUUGUGCACUAAUCAGCCUUGUUUGUGUCAGACCAGUUAGAAAUCAGGGAAAAUAUGAAUCUUCAAGGCUACCAAGCUAUAGGAUUAUAGGAGCAGGUAGUAACUGACAAGUCACUCAAGAAAUAAUACAUUUUCAAACACCAAGGGCAUACCUGAUCAGCUACUCUGGGCUUUCUGUUCUCACAAAGACCUGAAGGUGCUAGAUUUUCCAGUCUCUUUUAGGAGGUAUCCUGUGAUCUUUGCUUUGUCUGGGUGCAGAGAUACAUUAUGCAGUAUAUUAUAGUGCCCACUGAAAAGGCCUCUGAAUAGUCUGCCCGGAAUCCCGAAUGACGAGCCUGCAGAAUUCAGACUGACCCCAGGAUUACAGGAAGGGCCACUGCCUGGCUGCACAAAAAUGCUGCCACAAACACAUGGGCUCAGAGGAGGAUUAGUUUCAGAUCAGGGUCCUCAAGUUACAACAAGUGGCUGUAAAACAAACUUGUACCCUAGAACUUUUGCCUUCUAAAUUUAGCAUUUUUUUAAAAGAAAAACUGUGCUACUUUUAAAACAUUUCUUUUACUCCAUGUGUACACAUUCCAUUUGAAGGAAUGUUUCUUAGAAUAUUUACCUAGUCGCCUUUGAUGUUCAAAGUAAAAUUUUAGAGACUAUAAUGCUAGAACAAAGGAAAAACUGGUAAUUAUUAUUUCUAGAAUCUGAGCUCACAUAGCAUGAAUUCAUCUCAGAUCCUCUGUUAUCUAAGCAGGAAUGAGUUUGGUAUGAAAACCAGUUCUACAUAUUCAUCUUAAGUACCAUGCUGCUGAAUGGAACCUUUCAGAGAGAGAAAAGAAACCAGAAGUGUGGCUUUUAGUUCUUAGUUUCCUUAAGCCAAAAUCCUCUUACGAUUUUUCCAAAUAUUUGGUUAGCUCUGCUUAAGUUUAUUCAUUCUUUUGAAAAUGCUCUGAGUAAAUAUAUGAAACUAUUUCACUUUUUAGCAGGUAAGAAAAAAAUCCCUUUUUUCCCGAGGGUAUUUCAUAGGAAAAAAACACUUUCAAGCAUCGUGGCUGUACAAAUAUGAUAAUUUGCAUCCUAAUGGUCUUACUAGAAAUGAUAAUAGGGCCUCCCCCGUGGUGUAGCGGGUUGAGCGCAGCGCUGUGGAGCUGUCUGCAGCCUCGGUAGUGUGGGUUCGAUCUCGGCCUGCCAGGGAGAAUCCCACAUGGCGAGGCAGACCUCUCCUGUCUUGCCCGCUGCUCCCCUCAGCAGUGCUUUUGAUCUGUCUGCCUGUUCUGCGCCCAGCUCCAUCUCUGAUGAAUCCUCUCAUGCUCCCGCGACUCUUGCCUGUGCCCCACCUCUUGUAUAAAUAAAAUAAAUCUUUAAAAAAUAUUUAAAAAAAAAGAAGUGAUAAUAAAGUUCAGGACUUAACUUUUCAGGGCUCUGGAUAAAGUGAGGGAAUUGUAUCGAGUUGUUCUGUACUUAGUGUGUUUGGCAUAGUGGUAACUAUUUACAUCAGGCUCUCUAUUCUAGAUGAAGUAUAGUAUACAUCGUUGGUGAAUGUCUUCUAAGUAUUCUUAGGGGAACAUUGUAGGGCUGGAAAGGAAUUUCCCGCCACCUCUCUGGAAUGUUCUAAGGCUGGUCAAGCAAUCAGAUUAAUAUCAGAGAGGUUAGUAGCAGGAAAGAAAAAAUUUAAUUACACAUGGAGAAUCCACAUGGAUGUGAAUUUUAAAACUAGUGGGACAAAAUGACUAUAUAUCCCGAGUGAAAAACAAAAUGUGUGACAGGCCUAGAACUUUAAGUCAAGAGGAGAACUCACAUGAUGAAGGGCACAUGACUUGUAAUUAGAUAUUUGCCUUGUCAUUUAUCUAAUAGAGGGGUUAUUUCUGAUAAUACCCCCAAUUCUGGGUUAAAUGUCCAAAUUUCAUCCUGUUUGUUAAGUGAGUGGUGAAAAUUUCUGUGAGCCUGCAGGGUUUCCGUUGAGCUAAGCUUGAAAUAAUCAAUGUGCCAAAUGACACAGCUUAGGAAGGCUUGGGGAAGCCUAUCUUUUAACAACCAGCAAUGCCCUUCACCCCACCAGAGGGAACGGGAGAGGGAGAGAAAAGAAAAUCUAGCUUUCCAUGUUAAAAUUUUUCUUGAAUGUCAGAUCACAGCAAGGUAAUAAAAGGCUUUGAAAUACCUCCUGGUGGGCCUCCCUGGUGGCACAGCGGUUGAGCUCUGGGCUGUGAAGCUACCCGCAGCCUCUGCAGCGCUGGUUCAAUCCUGCUGGCGGCCAGUUAGGGUCCCACAUGGUACAGACCUCUCCUGCCGUGCCCGCUGCUCCACCCUGCAGUGUACUUUGUCAGUCUGUCUGCCUGUUCUGCUCCCAGCUCUGGCUCUAGUGAAUUCUCUCACCCUUCCAUGCUUCUGACUGUACCCAG